CUCGUGCCUCUGUGCCUUCUUGAGGGCAAUCGGCGACAAAGACCACUGACAUUGAAGUCAUUUGAUUCAACACCACUACAGGUGCGCCUCUCUUUGAGAGUGUCAUCGAUCCUGGCAUCCUUGACUACGACGGACCGGACAUUGAUUCCCUGGAGCAGCCAGUGAUGCGCGAGGACUUCAACAUGCUCUCAGCAGCGGAGAAGGCUGCUGAAGGAAAGCUCCAAUACAGUAAGGCUCUCCUGGUUGCUUAUCGCCGGCUCAUCCAGAAGAAUCUGCCCUUGAAAAUGACCAUAGAGCUUCAAGCCACUGCCGCCUUCACCAUUCUCAAACUGUCUCGGCGCAUUUUCGAAGUGGGCGAGGCACACUUGCAGGCUAUUAUUAGUAGAUUGGAGUCCGAUUGGAGCGACGUCCUCAACGCAACACAGCAGCAGGCUGGAGAACCUUCCUUCCCACUCAGCUUCUACGACUCCGAACGUGAGCAAAUCGAAGCUGAUGCCGAAGCGGCCUACGCCGGUAUCCAGGGAAUGGAAGAGAUCAAGAGACGGCUGGGGCCCCUUCUGCCUGACAAAGGCGCCAUGCAGGCUCAAUACUAUGCCGAAAUGAAACGUCUGCUCAGAGAAGUGAAAGAGGAGCUUUUGCACGACCUCGCGCUGGAUGAUGAAAGCACGCAGAUCUUCUACCGCUAGUCACGCCUAGGCAUCAUAUACUACAGCGUAAUAUCAAAAGAGAACCUUAGUCUCC